AUGACACCCUCACAGCCCGCAUCCGAAACGGCGGUCAGGGAGCUCUCGAGGCCGCAGCCUAAUGGGGGCCGAAGCCCAGCCGGGCCUGCAGACGCACCACUCUCAGCCUACGAGCGCGAGCACGUACACGGCGUCUACGAGGCCAUCGCGCCGCACUUCUCGGCCACGCGCCACAAGCCCUGGCCGCUGGUGACCGAGUUCCUGCGCUCGCAGGCGCCCGGGUCCGUGGGUCUCGACGUCGGCUGCGGCAACGGCAAGUACCUGACCGCCGUCUGCGGCGGCGAUGGUGGUGGUGGUGGUGGUGCGGGGGAAUUCUUCAUGGUUGGCUCCGACCGCAGCGCCGCGCUGGUGGGGCUGGCUCGGGGGCGGGGAAGGGAGCUGUCGGGGGAUGGAUCGGGGAGCAGGAGCAUGGCGGUGGCGCCCGAGGUUCUCGUCGCGGAUGGGCUGGCGCUGCCGUUUCGGGAGGGGGCGGCCGACUUUGCCAUCUGCGUGGCUGUCAUCCACCACCUGUCGACGAGGGAGAGGAGGCAGGACGGGGUGCGGCAGCUGCUGAGGUGCGUCAGGCCCCGGAGCGGCGGCGGCGGCGGCGGCGGCAGGGUGCUCGUCUACGUCUGGGCCCUGGAGCAGGCCUCCAGCCGCAGGGGGUGGGACGAGGGCGGCGAGCAGGACCUGCUGGUGCCGUGGGUCAUGAAGAAGAACGACCCUCGGAGGGGCGCAGCCGGCGGCGGCAAACCCCUCCGGGAGGGGUCCGCGGCCGUGGUAGACGAUGACCAGCCCGCCGACCAGACAUUCCAGCGGUAUUACCAUCUGUACCGGAAAGGCGAGCUCGAGGAAGACGUCCGAGCUGUUGGCGGCGAAGUCCUCUCUAGUGGGUACGAGAGGGACAACUGGUGGGUGAUAGCUGCGAAUGGUACAUCGUGAGGAUAGCUGGACUACCUCGUGGUCUUUAGUUGAGGGAUAUCAAACCAGUAUGCUUUGUGUGUGUGUGUGUGUGUGUGUGUGUGUGUGUGCAGUAUGCGCGUUUCGAAGCUCGACUUGGUCUAAGUUGGCUCUAUCGUGACAAACAUAAUAAA